AGGACGUCGAUAAGUAAUGUUGUAAGCUGGCGAUGUUUGUAGAAAACAGAAGGGAAGCGCUGCAGGAAAACAGUUUUGUGUUGCUGCAAGCUGAGGGUCUGUGCACAAUGACGGAAGGAGCCGGUCGUCUGGCUGGCUGCUGCAUGGCUGCUGGGGGUUGCUGGCAUCAGGAGCAGUCGGCGACGUCUCCAGUUGUUGAUAUUGCCCAUCUGUACAAUUCACCUGCCACCUGUCUGAGUCGACAUCUGCGCCUCUCCUCGACUUCUCACACGACAUACCCGAUUCCCCCAAACCAGGCCAACUUUCCUCAGCAGAUCGACAUCACACCCCAGGGGUAGCUUCAUCUAUACAACAUGGCCGCAUUCGCGCCUCACGGAGCGCCCGCCAUGGACUACGAAGCCUUGAAAGAGCAAUGGAGCGACAUCGAGGACAAGGACGGCAUCAGACUGAGUUGGAACACGUUUCCCUCUUCGCGCAUGGAAGCCUCGAGACUGGUUGUGCCCAUCGGAGCUCUGUACACACCCUUGAAAGAGAAGACCGACACACCGCUGCUUCAGUAUGAGCCCGUCUCUUGCAAGGCGCCUUGCCGCGCCGUCCUGAACCCCUUCUGCCAAGUCGACAUGCGCGCCAGGAUAUGGAUCUGCCCUUUCUGCUUGCAACGCAACGGUCUGCCACCUCACUACAAGGACAUCUCCGAGAACGCCAUCCCUCCCGAGCUGCACCCCUCCAGCACCACCAUCGAAUACAGACUGGCCAGACCCGCUCCCGUUCCCCCGAUUUUUGUCUUCGUCGUCGACGCAUGUCAAGAGGAGGACAGUCUGAAGGCUCUCAAGGACUCAAUCAUCAUGUCGCUCAGCCUCCUGCCCCCCAACGCUCUCGUCGGUCUUAUCACAUACGGCACCAUGGCCCAGGUACACGAGCUUGGCUACACCGAAUGCGCAAAGUCGUACGUCUUCCGCGGAUCCAAGGAUUACACUGGCAAGCAGGUUCAGGAAAUGCUCGGUUUGAUGAUGGGUGGCGGUGGUGCCAGAGCUGGCAUGCCCGCCAUGCAGCCUCAGCCCGGCCGUCCCGCUCCUACCGCUCCCAUGGGAGCUGCCGCCAGAUUCUUGUUGCCCGUCCAACAGUGCGAGUUCCAGCUCACCAACGCUCUUGAAUCUCUGCAAAAGGACCCCUGGCCCGUCGCAAACGACAAGCGUCCCCUGAGAUGCACUGGUGUCGCCCUGAGUGUCGCAACUGGUCUUCUUGAGACUUCCUUCCAAAACGCCGGUGGCAGAAUCAUGCUGUUCACCGGAGGUGCUGCUACUGAAGGCCCUGGUAUGGUCGUUGGACCCGAACUCAAGGAGCCCAUCCGUUCCCACCACGACAUUGACAAAGACAACAUCAAGUAUUACAAGAAGGCUCUUAAAUUCUACGAGACCCUGGCCAAGAGGACUGCGCACAACGGUCACAUCAUUGACAUCUUCGCUGGAUGUUUGGACCAAGUCGGUUUGUUGGAGAUGAGAAGUCUUGCAAACUCGACUGGUGGCCACAUGAUCUUGACUGACAGCUUCACUUCGUCCAUGUACAAGCAGUCGUUUGCCCGUAUCUUCGACAAGGACGCUAACGAUAACCUUCUCAUGGGCUUCAACGCUUCCCUCGAGGUCUUGACGACAAAGGAGCUCAAGGUCACUGGCUUGAUAGGUCACGCCGUGUCUAUGAACAAGAAGUCCGCAAACGUUGGCGAGACGGAAUGUGGUAUCGGCAACACCUGCUCGUGGAAGAUGUGUGGUAUCAACCCCAACUCAAGUUACGGUAUCUACUUCGAAAUCGCUGGCCAGGGCGGUCCCACAAACGUGCAGCAAGGCCCUCAAAAGGGUCUCAUGCAGUUCCUCACAUAUUACCAGCACUCUUCUGGCCAGUUCCAUCUUCGCGUCACCACCGUUGGUCGCAACAUGAGCGGUCCUUCUGGCGACCCAGCCAUCGCACAAUCCUUCGAUCAGGAAGCUGCCGCUGUCCUCAUGUCUCGUAUCGCAGUCUUCAAGGCUGAGGUUGAUGACGGUCCGGAUGUCCUCCGCUGGGUCGAUCGCAUGCUUAUCAGGUUGUGCUCUCGCUUCGCCGAGUACCGCAAGGACGACCCGUCAUCUUUCCGCCUGGAGAAGAACUUCACCCUCUACCCACAGUUCAUGUUCCACUUGCGCCGUUCGCAAUUCUUGCAGGUCUUCAACAACUCACCCGAUGAGACUGCCUUCUAUAGACAUGUGCUCAACCACGAGGAUGUGUCUAACAGUUUGGUCAUGAUUCAACCCACUCUCGAUAGCUACGGCUUCGAUCACGAGGGCAGUCAACCCGUCUUGCUCGAUUCCACCAGCAUCCAAGACCAGACCAUUCUUUUGCUCGACACUUUCUUCCACAUCCUCAUCUUCCACGGUGAAACCAUGGCACAAUGGCGCAAGGCUGGUUACCAGGACCAAGAGGGCUACGAGAACUUCAGGGAAAUGCUCGAGUCGCCCAAGGAGGACGCCAAGGAACUCAUCCAAGACCGCUUCCCUCUGCCCCGUUUCAUCGUCUGUGAUGCCGGUGGUUCUCAAGCACGUUUCCUUCUUUCCAAGCUCAACCCCUCAACGACACACACGACUGGCGCAUACGGCGGUGUCAGCCAAACUGCACAAACCAUCUUUACCGAUGACGUCUCACUACAGACCUUUAUGGAUCACUUGAUGAAGUUGGCCGUCAGCGGUAACAGCUAGAUGUAGUAAACAAGAAGUAUGAUGAGAUGAGAAGUGUUCGAUCAGUAGAGAGAGAGAGGAAAGACCAAGAAGAUUAUUCCACCAGCGCGUUUUUUUGUUGACAAAAAGAGAUCAAUUUCUCCAAACACAUUCAAAUACCC